CACCUGCUGCCCGCUGCUUCUGUGCUUCUGCAUCUGCCACCCCUGGGUCCCAAGUUCCAGCGACUUCUCCUGGCCCACACUCUCUGCUUUGCUUCCCGUGUGUCCUGAAGAAAGGGGCAUGCUCCCGAGAUUUUCCACGGUGAUGAUAGCAUUUGAAGACCUUGCUGUGUACUUUACGUGGGAGGAAUGGAAGAAAAUGAACAAUGCUCAGAAAAUCCUGUACAAAGAUGUGAUGCUGGAGACCUACAGCAGCCUGUUCUCCUUGGGGUACUGCACUACCAAACCUGACUUGAUCUUCAAGUUGGAGCGAGGAGCAGAGCCAUGGAUGGUGGAUGAAUGCUUGAAUCGGAGCCUUCCAGUGGUCAUGAAAAGGGAUGACCUGAUUAGGAUCAACCAGGAAAAUCAGGAUAAAUAUUUGAAUCAGGAUUUUAUGAAAAAUAACAAGACAUCAGUUCUCGAGAGAGUUGAAUUAAGAAAAACUCUUAGUUUAAAUUCAAGCCAUAUUCCAACACUGAUUGUUGAAAAGGGUACCUAUUCAGGAUUGAAGCCUGCGAAAUGCAAUAAAUGUCACGCUAUGUAUUGCCCCAGUGGGCCUGAUCAACUACAGGCUGGAGAGAAAUUUGAUAACACUAAGAUACCUGGAAAUUCUCUCCAGUUCUGUGAGCCUCUUGGUCAGCAUGACAAUAUCCACAUCACGAAGCAGCCAUUUGGACCCACUGGACAAGCAAAAGUCUUCACAAGAAAGAUGUUCUAUAAAUCUGAGAGGGUUCAUAUGGCAGAAAACUGCGAUAAAUCAACUGUCACUUUUGGAAAAGCAACUCAAGUAGAAAAAGCUAUCCAUGAAAAUUAUAGCCUCAAUAUGCAUCAACAAAGUCACACAAGAAAGAAAUUGUAUAGGUACAUUAGGUAUGUUGAACCUGUCAUUCACCAGUCACAUCUUGCAAUAAAUCAGAUACUAAAUACAAGGGAAAAACUCUAUACAUUUAAACCUUGUGGAAAAUCACUCAGUUUUAAUUCACCUUAUGAAUGUAAUGACUGUGGAAAAGCCUUUGGACAAAAGUCAGACCUCAGGAAACAUCAGCAAAUUCACACAGGGGAGAAACCUCAUAAAUGUAAUGACUGUGGAAAAACCUUUGGACGAAAAUCAGACCUCUUCAUCCAUCAGAGAAUUCACACAGGGGAGAAACCUCAUAAAUGUAACAACUGUGGAAAAGCCUUUGCAAGAAAGUCAGACCUCAUCAUACACCAGCGAAUUCAUACAGGGGAGAAACCUCAUAAAUGUAAUGAUUGUGGAAAAGCCUUUGGACACAAGUCAUACCUCAUCGUACACCAGCAAAUUCACACAGGGGAGAAACCUCAUAAAUGUAAUGACUGUGGAAAAGCCUUUGGACAUAAGUCAUGUCUCAUAUUACACCAGAGAAUUCACACAGGGGAGAAACCUCAUAAAUGUGAUGACUGUGGAAAAGCCUUUGCAAGAAAGUCAUACCUCAUAUUACACCAGAGAAUUCACACAGGGGAGAAACCUCAUAAAUGUAAUGACUGUGGAAAAGCCUUUAUACAAAAGUCACACCUCAUCGUACACCAGAGAAUUCACAUGGGGAAGAAACCUCAUAAAUGUAAUGACUGUGGAAAAGCCUUUGGACAAAAGUCAUACCUCAUCAUCCACCAGAGAAUUCACACGGGUCAGAAACCUCAUGAAUGCAAUGAUUGUGGAAAAGCCUUUGCAAGAAAGUCAGCCUUCAUCAUACAUCAGCGAAUUCACACUGGGGAGAAACCUCAUAAAUGUAAUGACUGUGGAAAAGCCUUUGGAAGAAAGUCAGACCUCAUUGUACACCAGCGAAUUCACACAGGGGAGAAACCUCAUAAAUGUAAUGACUGUGGAAAAGCCUUUGUACGAAAGUCACACCUCAUUGUACACCAGAGAAAUCACACAGAAGAUAAACCUCUUUAGUGUAAUGAAUGUGGAAAAGCCUUUGGACACAAGUCCUGCCUCAUAUUACACCAGAGAAUUCACAUGGGGCAGAAACCUCAUGAAUGUAAUAACUGGAAAAGCCAUUGGACAAAAGUCACACCUCAUCAAACACCAGAGAAUUCACACAGGGCAGAAACCUCAUAAAUGUAAUGACUGUGGAAAAGCCUUUGUAUGAAAGUCACACCUCAGAUCACACUGGAGAAUUCACACAGGGGAGAAACCCCAUGAAUGUAAUGACUGAGGGAAAGCCUCUGGAUAAAAGUCAAUCCUUUGGAAUCAUCAGAGAAUUCACACAGGGGAGAAACCUCAUGAAUGUAAUGACUUUGGAAAAGCCUUUGGAGAAAAGGCAAAGCUCAUAUCACAGCAGAGAAUUCACACAGGGUAGAAAACUCGUGAUUGUUAUAACUGUGGAAAGCAUUUAGCCGUAAGUCAACCUUCAUCGUGCAUCAGAGAAUUCACAUGGGGCAGAAACCUCAUGAAUGUAAUGACUGGAAAAGCCUUUGGACAAAAGUCAAACCUCAUAAUGCCCCAGAGAAGGCACACAGUGUUGAAACUUCAUGAGUGUAAUGACUGUGGAAAACUUUUGAUUUUAAGUUCCAGUUCCAAAUGCGUCAGAGGAUUCACACAGGGAAAUAACCUUAUAAAUGUAAUAACUGCAGAAAAGUCUUUUCCUAUACAUUAUACCUCAUAUCAUACACAAUUCACACAGGGCAGAAACCUUAUGAAUCUAACGAGUUUGGAAAUGCCUUUAUAAAUCAUAUGUUAUAAAGCAUAGCUCAUAUCACACCAGAGAAUUCACACCGGGGAGAAACUUCAUGAAUGCAAUGACUGUAGAAAAGCCCUUGGCAAUAAGUCAUAUCUCUGAAUGCAUCAGAAAAUUCACAUGAAGAGAAACCUUUUAAACAUAAUGACUUGGAAAGCUUUUUCCCAUAAUUCAGCCCUCAUUGCACAUCAUCAAAUUCUUAUGGGGGAGAACACUUUGGAUAUAAUGCAUAUGGAAAGGCCUUUAUCCAUAAGUAACACCUCAUAAAACAUCAGAAUUCACAUGGGGGAGAAACCUUAUGAAUGGGAAUGAGUGUUGGAAAACUCUGCCAAAAUCACGCAAUAUAACAUCAGAGAAUUUAUUACAUGGUGGAAAUCUUGUAAUAAAUGUGGGAAAGCCUUUUGUCAAAAGGAAUACCUCAUAAUACAUGUAGUUCACACAAGGGAGAGAACUUAAAAAUAUAAUGAAUGUGAAGGACUUUUUCCAAAAUCAACAUAACUAUGUGACAAAGCCUUUUGCUGGAAUUUACAUCCCAUACAAUAGGCACUCCCAUAAGGAAGAAAGGUUGGGACCAGUGCUGUGGCACAGUAGGUUAAAGCCCUGGCCUGAAGUGCUGGCACACCAUGUGGGCACCGGUUCUAGUCCUGGCUGCUCCUCUUCUGAUUCAGCUCUCUGCUAUGGCCUGGAAAAGCAGUAGAAGAUGGCCCUGUACCUAUGUGGGAGACCCAGAACAAGCUCCUGACUCCUGGCUUUGGAUCGCUGCAUCCAUCUGGGGAGUGAACCAGUGGAUGGAAGACCUCUUUCUGCUUCUCUAUCUCUCUGUAACUCUGUCUUUCAAAUAAAUAAAGUAAAUAAUUUAAAAAAAUGAAGUUCAGAAAUAUUAUUAGUGUGACAAAAAGACAUUUGUCAGAAAUCGAUCAUUAUACAUCAGAGAAUUCACACAAGGGUUUCUUAGGAAUGUAAUGAAUGUGGAAGUAUAUUUUCAUGGAAUUCAGGCUUGCAUAAAUAUGCAGCUCAAAAAAUGUGAUAUCCUUCAAGUGCAGUAGAUCUGAAAAAACCAUAACCAGAAAUUAAACAUCAGGCUGGGGCCAUGGAGCAGUAGGUUAAUCCUCCACCUGUUAUGCUGGCAUCCCAUAUGGGUGUCAGUUCUAGUUCCAGCUGCCCCUCUCCCAAUGCAGCUCUGUACUGUGGCCUGGGAAAGCAGUAGAAGACAGCCCAAGUGCUUGAGCCUCUGCACCCACAUGGGAGACCAGGAAGAAGCACCUGGCUCCUGGCUUCAGAUCAGUGCAGCUCUGGCCAUUGUGGCCAUUUGAGGAGUGAACCAACAGAAGGAAGACCUUUCUCUCUGUCUUUCUCACUGUCUGUUACUCUACCUGUCAAAUAAAUAAAUAAAAAUCUUAAAAAACAUGAAAUUAAACAUCAACAAGCACCAGAGAAUUCAAACAGUAAAAUGUCAAUUGAAUGAAUGUGAAAAAAUUCUUCUGCCAUUAAUCAAUUCACAUGAAGAGACUCAGAAAUGAGAAAACAUACAUGCAUACAAAAGUCAUGUACCACAUGUCACCUCUCAGUGGUUACCUGACAACUCAUAGAAAGAAAAAAAUCCUAUGACUGUAUUGUAAUGGGAAAUACCUUUAUUAUUAAGCAAACUUCCACAAAACAUAGCAAGAUUACAGAGAGAAGUCCCUGAAAUAUAAUUUGUUUGGAAGAAUGCUGUGGUGGAAUCACACCUUAGUAAGUAUUGGGCAGUUUUCAUGAUGAAUUGUGACAGAGCAGUUAAGCAUUUUUCAGAAUUUUUUUCUCUUAUACAAGCUGCACUUUUGGUUUCUUAUUAUUGUGAUCAAGUAUAUGAACUGAACUGGGCUCUUGUGUAAAUUUUGUUAAUAAAAAUUUAAAGUUGAGUAACAGUGAUUUCAACAGUUAUUUGGAAUACCAUCUUCAUCAAUUACAAAGUUAUUUGUUUUAUUGCUGAUUUGUGGGCCACCCAGGAUUCUUUCCCCACAUUAUUGUAGUGCAAGCCAGUGAUGUGACCAUAGGCAUAUCAAGUACACAUGUUCCAGCCAUAAUAGUGUACCCUAGGCCUGGAUAAUAAGUGUUGUGUGCAGCACAAGGCAAUGAGUUUGUGGUGACCCAUGAGAAAUUUCAACUUAUCUGUGCACACAUCUGGAUUAGACUCCACUACACAAGGUCUAUUUGAAUAUGCAAGUAGAUGUUGUCACACACAUCUCCCUCAUUCUUUAAAGGGACAACCUCAAACCCUAUAAGUUGCAACACUCAUCUGAAUUUUCCUGUAUUACUGAGUGCAUAAUGCCUUUUUCACCCAUAAUCCCCCUUUUCUACACUUCUUCAUUCUAUUCCUAAUUGCCUUGAGAGAAGACAUGGGAUGAAAUCUAUCCAGGUGGUACCCAAUGCAACAGAGAAGCAGGAGCAUAAAUGUAGUAUACUUUUUUUUUUUAAAAAAAGAUUUAUUUAUUUAUUUGAAAGUCAGAGUUACACAGAAAGAGCAGAGGCAGAGAGAGAGAGCAUCUUCCACCCAAUGGUUCACUCCCCAAUUGGCCACAAUGGCCCGAACUGUGCUGAUCCAAAGCCAGGAGCUUCCUCCAGAUGUCCCAUGUAGGUGCAGGGGCCCAAGCACUUGGGCUUUCUUCUACUAUUUCCCAGGCCAUAGCAGAGAGCUAGAUUGGAAGUGGAGCAGCUGGGUCUUGAACCAGCACCCAUAUGGGAUGCUGGCACUGCAAGUCAGGGCAUUAAUCUUCUGUGACAGUGUUGGUCCCUGUAGUACACAUUUGUAUUAAUUUAACUUUUUAAUUUUUUUAACUUUUUUUUAUAUUAUUCCCUGCUCCUGCAGGUGGCCCUCAUUUUUAUUGAAAAUGUGCGUUUUUAUCCCUUGCAAUUUACAAAGUCCUUUCUGGAUUUAUAUAAACCUGAUUUACAUUCAGUUAAUUCCUCAGGAUACCCUCAGGAGGAACACAUUUCCUAGGUUGCAUGGCUAUCCCAUGAUAACAGGGCUACAAAUGCUAUGAUGCAUCUAGCUGCAGCAGCUCUUUUAUUUCCCAUCUAGAUAAUAGCUGUGCAACUAAUCCAUUCCACCUCCAUUACUACCCAGGAGAAAUAGCACUUCAUCCCUCUUUAAGUCCCCACAGCUUCUUAGAAGUAUUCAUCAAAUUAAAUCUUAUUAUAAACAGAUUUAACAGAAAAUGAAUGAUGUAGCUGCUGGUAGUUUCGGUGAGGUUGAAUGAUUUGCUGGACUGCUGUUUUGUCUGACUUAUCUUUCAUAUUACUUAGAACUAAUUUUUCACAAUAUUGCUUGCCUGAGCACUUUUUCCUAGGCUCCCAGCUAAACAGGUGUUUGAAGACUAGAUUUACUGUUAAUUCUCACUAAGGACAGAGGUCCCACAUGGAGAGCACAGAUUCUUAUGUGGUCCUUGGGACAGAGUGAAUAUUAUACCCACUUGAUUUAGUACUCAGGCACUGGUCUCCAUUGAAGAGAAGAACUCAGCUGAAUAGGAUAUAACUCCCUUCUGAUUAAAAAAAAAAGAGAUUUACCAUGCAAGUGGUGGCAAAUUCGUUCAAUUUCUGUUUGUUAUGAAAGGUCUUUAUUUCACCUUCAUUCACAAGCUUUGCAGGGUAUAAUAAUCUGGGAUGACAGUUUUUUUCUCUUAGGACUUGGGCUAGAUUUUGCCAUUUUCUCUUAGCCUGCAGGGUUUCUGAUGAGAAGUCUGCUGUGAGUCUAAUUGGAGAUCCUCUGAAAGUAAUGUGGUGUUUCUCUCUUACCCAUUUUAGAAUCUUCUCUUUUUGUUUCACUGCAGCAGUUUGAUUACAAUGUGUCAUGGCAAGGAUGUUUUCUGGUCAUGUCUAUUCAAAGUUCUGUGUGCUUCCUGUACUUGGAUGUCUCUUUUUCCAAUCCCGGAAAGUUUUCUGCACUAAAAAUGCCUUCUAAUCCUUUCUCUCUCUUCAUGCCUGCAGGAACUCCUAGAACCAGAAUAUUGGUUUUAUUUCUUUAUAGUAUCCUGUAGAUUCCCAACAGUCUUUUUUAGAUUUCUAAUCUCCUAUUCUUAUGUUUGGUUUGACUAUAUACUUUCCUGUGCUCUGUCUACUAAGUCUGAUGUUCUCUCUUCUGCCUCUCUGAUUCUAUUUUUAAGGCUCUCCACUGCACUUUUUAUUUGUUCUGUUGAAAUCUUCAUCUUGAUUCCUCCUGAUAAUUUCAAUUUCAUGGGAGAGAUGUUUUUUCAUGUCCUUCUUCAUGGAUUUCAGUAGUUGGUGCAUUUGCUUUCGAUUACUUCUAUGUAAUCUUAUGACUAAAUUUUUGAAUUCUAUUUCUUCUAUCUCAUUAUCUUCAUGAUCUAGUAUUGAAGUGUCAUGUUCUUUUGGGAGCAUGACUAUGUUAUUCUUAUUCUUGCUUCUUGGAUUCUUGCAUUUGUUUGGCAUUUGUGCAGAUAUUCAUCUUUUUUUUUUUCUGCUGUGGUGGUUUUUCUCAUUGUAUUAUGACUGUAGCUUAAUGGACUUUCUGCUUUCAGUGAAUCUCUAGAGGCUUGUAGUGGGUGUGACCAGAGAGCUCUGUUCAGUUUUCAAGGGGAAAGGGUAUGCCUAAGGUGACACCCCCAAGUUUGGCAUGUUAAGUCUUCCCUCUCCUCUUUUUAAUCAGAAGGGAAGUAUAUUCUGCUCCGUUGGGCUCUUCUCCUCAAUGGAGACCAGUGCCUGAGUACUAGCCCCAGUAGGUAUAAUAUUUGUCUGCUCUGUCCAAAGAACCACACAAAGGAUCUGUGUAGUCCUCAGUAUAAGUUCAGAUUCUCCAGAAAUGUCUCUCAUCAGGUAGCCAGGAACCCCCAAGCUUGUGGCAUCUCCCACUGAGAGUGCUCAAAGUCCCAGCCACACUGCAAGUCUUCCCACACACGCUCAGUUUUUUAUUUUUUCACAGUCCUGCUUCAGAAGCUUCACACAGUUACAAGUUCCUAGUUUCCUGUUAUUUCUCCCCACCAGAGUCAGGAGUCAGCUGCUUACCUGGUGCAGACACAAGCUGGCACAGCUGUUAUGUAUGUUCAAAAUGGCUCCUGCUCUAUCAGCUUGCAUGCCUUUGUGAGCUGAUUGGAGAGAAAGAAAGGUGUCUGUACUGUGCCCUUUUGUUUCUCUCCUCUAUUUUGGCUGACACACUUUCCCUCAGAGAUUUAAGCCUCAUUCCCUCUAGGUUCCUGCCACAUUUUUGCUGGUGGCUCGGGCUACUGUGGUCUUGUCUCACCUCACUUUACAGUUCUGGUGCAUAGGCUCUCAGCUGUUGUAGGUGUGAGCUGUGGGCACCAUGCCCACAGGUGUCCACCUCUACCAUGUCCCUCUAAUGUCAGUAGAAUUUCCUCUGUCAUUUUUUUCCUAACUCUUCCCUGAGACUACUCUAUUUCCACUUUUUUAAAACUAUCUUCUCCUGGGCUAGAGCAGUAAGUGCCCUCCCUACUCCACCAUCCAAUUAUUAGUCCAUCUGUAUAUGAUUAUGCCUCUGUUUCUGCCAAAUUACUAAUUUAUACACCAUAUAAUCAAAAUUGAAUGCCUUCCCUGGAAUGCAUAUUUAUGUUGUCAUUUGCUACUGUCACCUGCAUGUGUAGUGAAUAACCCAAUUUGUGACAUUCCUAACACAGGGAAAUGAUGGGUACCAUGGUUUGGUUUCUAAUUGUGUGGUCAUCAACUCACUCUAAAUGCUGGAAGUUGUCCCAGCAACUGUCAUGUGUACAGGAUUUGAGUACAUCGCAGUGCCAGCACCAUCAUGGUCAUCAGCAUAGGAUACAUUCUUAAUGUUUCUAGAUGCUCUUGGAACUUUAAAUUAUUUUCUGAUUGUGGAAACUUUCCAAACGACAAGUCUGUAUCAUACUGUAAUUUUUCCAGUUUAUUCUGGACUGUUUUUUCUCCAAAUAGGCAUCCACAUAUUUGUUUUUUAAUUAUGGCUCACAUUAAAAUACACAUUGUUACUAAGGGCAAGGCAAAGUUUUAACUUCCAUGUGCAUCAGGUUUCUAUUUUUUAUUUUGUCUUUCAUUUUAUUAAUUUCAUCUGAGUAUGUCAAUAUCCACAUGGAAACCAAUCUUAGCGCUGCCAAGGUAUGAUGAUUCUUUGGGACACUUACAUUUUCAUGUUAUGAAUGCACUAAAUAAUGUUCAAGUUGUCUUAGCAACCUCUAUCUUUAUGGCCUAUCAAAUAAUUUUAGAACAUUACAUUCUUUUACACUUUCAUGGACACUUUUUUAUAGCUUCUUUAUAUUUAGAGAAUCAAAAUUGUCAUUCUCUUUAAAAUUUCCAUGCAUUAGAUCGAGACAAUUUUAUCUCGGUUUUAAAAUUACUGAAUUCAAAGACAUAAGCUUUCUUUGAUUUAAGAGAGCACAAAUUUUCUGUAUUUAAAUGUGUAUUUAGGGCUAUUUUUAUUAAUAUCUGUUACAUCUCCUUGUAACCUUAUUCCUGCUUCUACUAAAUUUACCAUUUGUACACACAACUGUCAAUAUACAACAUAUAUUGAAAUGAAUAGAUUUCUCUAUUUUUCAUGUUUAUUCAAAUUUAUUAUUACACCUCAAUAAAUAGUCAAUAACCUAAUUUGUGCCAGUUCUAGUGCAGGGAACUUCAGGCUACCAUGAUUUACAUUAUCAUUGUAAGGCCAUCAACUAUCUAAAUUCUGGAAGAUGUCCAAAUUUUAUUUUCACAGUAUAUGAGAACAAUUUAGGGCCAGUUCCAUCACUCAUUAGCAGGAGAUUUCAUUCUUAGCCUUACAAACAUUCAUGGAACUUGAAAUUAACCUUUAAUUAUGAAAAUUUUUAAAUUCACUGGAGUCACUCUUUUGCACAAAUAUUUUAGUCUAGGCCAAUCCUAGCUCUGUGAGUCUGUGGCCAUGGUGAUUUCACUUUUAUUGUAAGAUCAUCAUCACCCCCAACAUUCUGUAAGUUGCCCUGGAAACUGUCAGGUACACAGUGUCUCAGGGCCAUUUUAGCCAAGGGUAAUAAUUCUUUCUCCUCAAUGUAAUAUAUAUAUAUAUGAAUAUAUGGAACAUAUAUAAUAUACAUAUAUUUUAAACAUAUGUAAAUUUGCCACUGUGUGUCUAGAUACUAGUAUAUUUCCUGAAAAUUAUGUGGGAAAAUAGUGGGAUCUUAAUGUUAUUUUUAUCUCAGAAUUAUGUAUGUUUAUUUAAUUUUAGAGGUUGGUAGCCUUGGAGACACAGAGAAAUAGAUUAUGAGCUACAAUUUGGUGGCUCACUCUUCACUCUUGUAAUGAUCAGAAAGUGAAUUAUUACAGAAAUCUGAGCUAUUCUUUUCUGAUUAUAAAUACAUUAUAAAAAUUUAAAAAUGUUGCUCUAUAUACAUUUAUAUUAAAAAUUAUAUAUAUGUACAUUUACAUUGUAAUGUCAUAAAUUACACACACACAUGUUAUAUACAUAAACACCUUUAAAAUUCUCCUGGUUAUUGGUAUUAUUUUUUUGAAUUUUAAAUAUUUACUUCUUUUUAAAAUGUUAAGUAAUAUAAGUUUUAUAUAUUUCAUAUAUACAGAUUAAUGAAUGUAAGUGACACUUCUCCUGAUACCCUCCCUCCCACACACACUCCAACCCUUUCUCCUCUUCCCUCUCACAUUCCCACUUAAAUUUUACAAAAUCUGUUUUCAGUUUACUUAAUGAUUGUAUAGUUAACCUACACUAAGUAAGAGUUCAACAAGUCAGCAAAUAGUAUGAAGAAAAAAAAUAAAUUAAAAAAUAUCACUGUUUCUCAAUGGAAGAGACAAGGGCUGUAAACAAUCAUCAAAUCUCAAAAUGUGUAUCUAACUCCAAUACAUUACCUUUUAGGUACUCUAUUAGCUACCUCAGAUCAGGGAAAAUAUAUGAUAUCUGUCUUUUGGGGACUGGUUUAUUUCACUAAGUAUAAUGGUUUUCAGUUGCAUCUAUCUUGUUGCAAAAGAAAGGGUUUCUUUUUCUUUUUGUAUAACUGAGUAGUAUGCCAUAGUGUGUAUAUACCAUAAUUUUUUUAUCAAGUCAACAAUUGAUUGAUAUCUGGAUUGUUCCCAGAUCUCAGCUAUUAUGCAUUGUGCUGCAAUGAACAUGGGGUUAUAGAUAACUCUUACAUAUGCUAAGUUCUUUUGGUUUGGGUAAAUUCCAAGAAGUGGGAUGGCUGGAUCAUAUGGUAGGUCUAUAAUCAGAUUUGUAAGAUGUCUCCAUAUGGUCUUUCAUAGUGGCUUGCACCAGUUACAUUCCCACCAACCGUGGGCCAGGGUAACUUUUUUUCCACAUCCUCAUCAGUUUUGUCAUUUGUUGACUUCUUUUCUUUCUUUCUUUUUUUUUUUUUUUGACAGGCAGAGUUAGUCAGUGAGAGAGAGAGACAGACAGAGAGAAAAGUCUUCCUUCCAUUGGUUCACCCCCCAAAUGGCCACUAUGGCUGGCAUGCUGCAGCUAGUGCACUGUGCUGAUCUGAAGCCAGGAGCCAGGUACUUCCUCCUGGUCUCCCAUGAGGGUGCUAUUCUUUCUUCCUUAGUUCUGACUCUUAAAACUGUUCCAAAUUAUGGGAUUUGAUUCAAUGCACCAGGUCUUAAAUUUAAGUUUUUAUUUCUGACUUCUGAACAACCAAAGAGACAGAUUUUGUGUUAUUUUAAAGUAAUUUAUUUAGUUCUCUUCAUGCCUCUUAAGUUCUAAUUGUUUAAAACAACUGAGUUUUAAAGGAGUUAUGAUUUGAUCAAAUCUGGUCUAUACUUUGUCAUGAUGUUAAGCCAGAUAUUUUAAGCCUUCUUGUCAUCUUUGACAGGCAUUCAAAAAAAUCAAAGUUCCAAAGAAUUUGGACUUUGAUAUUUCCAGUUGGGUCCCUGGAAAUGUCAAAGGAUCUAUGUCUCUCAUCUUCAAGAGACACCAGCUAAUCAAUCAGGCAACUUGGGUUGUAUUAAAGGUACUGUUAAAAUGUGAAGUCGUGCUAAAUUUUAAGUUUUGAUAAUAUAAAAUGCCACUGAUACAAAUGUCUGAAAGUUAAAAAGUCUAAUGAUCUCGUGUUACUAGACAUGAUGGUUAUCUUAAUGAGAAAGGCCCAGAGGCCUAAAAGAAUGAAAUGUUUUGUAAAAUCCUAUAGGUGCUUUUGAAAAUACUGUGUGAAGUAAGCAAAUACCUCUUGGUUAAUAAGUUUAUCAUUUGAAACAUGGCUAAAGUCUUUUCUCAUCCACAGUUUUGUAUAUCAGAUUUGCUGCUCAUUAAACUAAAACAUUGUUGGUUCUGUGUUUAGCUGCCCUCCUAUAGGUUCUGAUGGACUUUUCCCAGCCACUUCUAUUGUAUUCAGUAGUUUUGAAUUGUUCUGUAAACAGAUGAAGUCAAUAACGCACUACAGGUUCCAACUGGAAGAAAGCAUGGUUAAUCAAGUUCACCAAGAACAGAAAGUAAUUUUAAUUGGUUGGUAAUAAAACAACAGCUAAAGAUUUUAGAAAACUAUUACUAAAACUGCUUUAUUGUUCUAUCUUGUAUGUUGUGUUAUGUGUGUGUUCAUGUUGUAUGUCUACAUGGGAAAAUUUAUUUUGAGCUCUGUCUUAAUUGGUUUAUCAAGGAAAGAUUGCUAUAAAUUUAAUAGCUAAAAUUAAUUGAAGAUUCAUGUGACCUGAAUCUAUCAGAUGUUUUAAAUUUGUUGAUAGAAAGAAACUAAAAAUGUUUUAUGUUUUUGUUUGCUGUUUAAACAAGCCACACCGUGUUAGAUAUUUAAGAUAUAUUUAAAUACAUGUAUUCUUAAAAUUUAUAGAAGGCAUUGGACCUUCCAGUAAAUAUUUUAUAAGCUAUUAUUUAAUGGUUAAAACCACUUGCUAAGAUUCCAUUUGGCAUUGUCAGUGUGUAUUCUGGCAAGCCUGACUUGUUCCCACAUUUCUCUAUUCUCUUUAAGACGGGACACUGACUCUGUCCUGAGGGAUUCCUCAAGAUGUAGUUUGAUUUUUAGAUCUUAUGAAAGGAGUGACUAACAUAUUCUGUGUAACAACAUAGCCAAAAUGAAAGCUUAAAUCAUAAUUUCACAGCUGGAUUUACUCACCAUGGGAUCCCAAAUCCCCUUGGGCUAGAUGAUGAAAGUGACAUCAAAAGUUUUAAUAUAAUUAUAUAUGAUCAAGUUUAAAAGUGACUGCAUUUGAUUGCAUUAAGUUUUAAAUUGGUCAUAUAGAAGGCACUAAUUGUUAAAGUGGUCAUAUCAAUAGAAUUAAUAGAAUUAAAGAGGAGUAAUGCUUCAACAUGGGAAGCAGUCCAUACAACAGACUCAUAGAAUGGCAAUUGCUCUAAGUAACAAUCAGUGACCUCAGAGUCAUCCCUAAAGGCAUUCUGGUCUGGCUAAAAAGCCCACAAGAGCAUUUCAGGCAUGGAAAUUCAGGACACUUGUGCAAAAAGGUGUGCCUACAUGGAGAGCCACCCUGGGUGAGACCCCAGUUGAAAGAAGUAGUCAUCAAAGAAGGAUGUACUCUCUUCAAAGGGAGAACUUUCACUUUGCUUAGGUCCUUCUCUAAAUAUUGAUGGAGUUUGUGGAUUCAGAAGGCUUCCAUAGCCUAGACAGCUUAUCUCAGGAGCCUUGAGUGAUCACUGACAUCACACAAAAGAGUGAAUUGUUAAAUUAACCAUAGGAGUCACUGGAUUCCCAUGCAAGACCUUAAGACUAUGCUUAAAAAACAGACGGGAGAGUAUGGUACCCUCACUGUGAGUGUGUUAACUUUGCUCCUUUGCUGCUUUCACCUUAAAUUUCUCACAGGUCUCACCCCCUGGAGAGCCACCAGCAGUGAGACACUGGAGACCUCUCAUAGGUGCAACCCAAUUGCCUCUGGUUUGAUGGAGGGACCUGACCACCCAACAAUGGAAGGGGCCUGAUCCCCUCAUAAUGAUGGGCAAAGGUUUUGCUUGUGCUUUCCAGAGACCACUUUGCGGCCUGUGUGGAUACCAGCCUGAAAUGCCAAACCCUGGACCCAGUCUGAAAGCUGACCCUCUAGAAACCAACUUUAGCACCUUUCCCUGAAGAAGCCAUUCAUAGAAAGAUCCUCUUCAGAUCGAUUACAGCUUAAAUGGAAGGGACCUUACUAGGUGCUACUGAACAUGACUACCUCAGUAAAAUUAGGAUUAAAUGUCUACCUCUCAAGUCCUCACAGGUGUACUCAAAAGACAUGCCUGAUUAUUCCUGUAAGCCAGAGAUCUUCAGCAAAAAGAUAAAUAAAGCCUUUGCUUUCCUCACAUCAAGUGUUGCAUCUGAAGGCAGGCAUGAUGUACCUGCCUCUUUGCUUCUCUCUGUUAUUAAUAAUAAAGUUCCUAAUGUGUUCUUCUAUUAUAAUUCUCUAUACUCAAGCUAAAUGGGUUUAUAAUGUAUCACCACCCACUAUCUGGGAGUCUGUAGGAUGUGGUUUUUUCAUCUUGAAGGGGCGCUCCACUUACAAUUGGUCAUGGUCCAUUUUUGCUCGUACUAAUUAACAAACUUAUAUGUUUCAGAACUCAACAACUUCUGGGAGAAACUGACCAUGCAGGGGACACAGACAUUGGUGGUGACCAAGAAUGCUCCAGUUCACAAAGAGAAUUUUUAGGUGAGAUAGGCAGAGACUUCCAGACCCAGGACAGGCAAGGCCUGCACUUCAUCCCUUAUAAACAGGAAGCAGCUAUAGAAGAUGUGAUGAUUUUACACCCUUGAAUAUCCCUUGGAUUAAGGGAAUGGAGUCACUGAAGGGGAAUGAUGUAGGCAGUCUAUAUCAUUAGGUUUGAGAGCUGGAAGGCUACACAUUCAUCACAUUUUCCCCAUGCCCCCUGUGUGAUCUCAUGCCCCUGCUUUCCCAUACCUGUGCACCUGCCUGCCAAUUACAAAGGCCUGAAACAUGGUGGGCCUGGCCUUUUUCCCUUUGCCCUUCUUUUCCUCCCUGCUCUUAAUCCCCAUGGUAGGCAUUCUUCAAUUUAAUUUAAAGCUUAUUGUGGGCUGCGAUUUGUUGCUGUGCAAUGCUAAGCAGAGUCACACUUGCCCUAAAACAAAGGAGGGAGAUGUGGAUGAUCCUGUGAGACUUCCUGCCUAGCCCAUGUGGCUAGCCUGACUGAUGGUGGGAGGUGGGAGCCUCAGGCACAUUUCCUCCCACCCCUACCUUCUGCCAAUUAGGCAAACUUCUGCUGGGGGUGGACCAGGCCCACCUGGAAAGCUACGCUAGCUAUGAGACCUUCAAGCUGAUUGGAGAUGCAUAUUGGUGCCAGCGUUGGUUCUAUCUUAUAGAGUUAGUGUUGCCCUGAAUUAGUUACACCCCUUCUGCCUGCCCUUUAAAAGUGUACAUGGUCACUAAUAAAGGUGGACAUGUUCACUGAAGCUUGUCCCCAGUGCUUCCUGUGGAAGAACACCAUUGCCUCACUCUCCCCGAUGGUGUGGGCCUCACAGGACAAGUCCACAGCUCUUGGCCUGCUCCCUGCUUGGUAUGGCCCCUACUUAAUUUCCAGACUUUCUCCUUUAGAUAGAGCCCUCACUCUCCUAUGCAUUUUUCUCACUGAAUAAAAGCUUAAAAACUUAGCUUAUCAUCUGGUCUAUUUGAGCCAGUAUUCAGAAUUUGUCUCUGAAUUCAUGGCAAGAACCCACAGAGCUUAUUAAUUUCAGAAAUAUUAAUAAGUGCUGAAGUCUCAGGGCCAAAUUAUGGAGUCUUUUAUUUCUGAAAGCCAGGAGCUGCACAGGGACAUGUGUUCUCCAAAUCAUACUGCCCUGAUAGAGCUCAAGGUUGAACAUGCAGAUGAAUAUUUGUGAGAUGGGAUAACUUCAGUCAGAGUAAAGUUAAGUUUCAAGAUAAAGUCUGGGACCUGGCACUGUGGUGUAGUGGCCUAAGCCUCUACAGUGCCAUAAUCCCAGGUGGGCUCCAGUUGGAGUCCCUGCUGCUGCACUUCUGAUCCAGCUCUCUCCUUUGGCCUGGGAAAGCAGUGGAAGAUGGUCCAAGUCCUUGGGCCCCUGCACCUAUGUUGGGGACUUGGUUUGAAGCUCCUGGCUUUGGAUUGGCCCAGCUCUGGCCAUUUGGGGAGUGACCAGCAGAUGGAAGAUCUUUCUCUCUGUCUUUCUUUCUCUAUCUGUAACUCUACCUGUCAAAUAAAUAAAUAAAAUAUUUAAAAAGAAAAGAUAAA